CCUCUUCUCUUUAGAGGGGCCGGCCUGGGGUGUGUUUCGGCGGUAACCAGGAAGUCAGACCAGGAAACUCCAGGGAGCGCCAGGCGAGCGGGGCUUCUGGACCGCUGAGUAUGGAGGACCCUGGCCGCGUGUGUAAAAGUCACAACCAUGGGUCCCUUCGUCAUCAUGGCCAUAGUUGGCCUAAUUUGUAUGCAGAUGAAGAUCUAUCAAAAGAGCAUGACAUGCUGCCUUUUGUGGAGGACUACAGCAAUUUUGAUAUUGUCAAAGCAACCCAGUAUGGUCUGUUAGAGCGAUGUCAAGAAUUGGUAGAAGCAGGAUAUGAUGUAAGGCAGCCAGACAAAGAAAAUGUGACACUUCUUCAUUGGGCAGCAAUCAAUAAUAGGCUGGAUCUUAUAAAGUAUUUUAUCUCCAAAGGUGCAGUAGUGGAUCAACUAGGAGGGGAUUUAAAUUCAACUCCACUUCACUGGGCAAUUAGGCAAGGGCAUUUAUCUAUGGUCAUAUUGUUGUUAAAAUUUGGAGCAGAUCCAACUCUUAUUGACGGAGAAGGAUACAGCAGCCUACAUUUAGCUGUGCUUUUUCAACACAUGCCGAUCAUAGCUUACCUCAUAUCAAAGGGUCAGAGUAUAGAUACUACUGACCGCAAUGGACACACCCCUCUUAUGCUGUCAGCCCACAAAGUAAUUGGGCGGGAACCUACUAAUUUUCUAUUAAAGUUUCAUCCGUCUGUCAGUGCUGUUGACGAUAUAGAAAAGAACACUGCUUUGCAUUGGGCUGUUAUAGCAGGAAACAUUAAUGCUGUAGAUGUAUUGCUAGAAGCUGGAUCCAGUCUGGAUAUCAAAAAUGUCAAGGGUGAGAGACCACUUGACCUUGCUCAUCAAGCUAAAAAUCACACAAUUAUUCACAUACUUCGUGAAGAAGAAAAAAUUAGAAUUAGAAGAACAUCAAGGUUUCUGAGGAUUCUGGAAAAAAAUGAGUUCUUGCUAUUGCUUGGCUCAUCAAUGCUAUUGAUAUGGGUAACAGGAUAUUUAGCAGACUUAAAUACUGACUCAUGGCUGUUGAAAGGAAGCUUGCUGAUCUUCAUAUUGGUUAUUCUGUCUUCCUUUGCAAGGUUGUUCAUAGGAUUCGACAAAAUAAAAUAUUUCCCACUAGCAUUUAUGAUUAGUUCCAUCUUUUGGAUAUCAUGGACCUGUUUCAUCUAUUUCCUGCCUCAUUUUUCAAAUACAGCUUCACAGCUUCCCUUCUUUCUUGGCAUGGUGGGCCUUAUCUAUUAUUUUUACAAAACUGUCAGAACUGAUCCUGGAUUUAUUACAAGUACAGAAGAAGAGACUAAAAAGAAUAUUAUUAACCUUGGAGAAUCUGGCUGUUUGGAUUUCAGAACAUUCUGCACAUCAUGCCUUAUUAAGAAACCUUUGAGAUCUAUGCACUGCCAUACUUGCAAUUCAUGUGUAGCUAGAUAUGAUCAACAUUGUAUUUGGACUGGACAAUGCAUAGGUAUAGGUAACCAUGGCUAUUUCGUCCUGUUCCUCUUUUUCCUGACCUUGGUGAAUAUUUGGGCCAUAUAUGGAACUAUUUUAUAUUGGUCAGAACACUGUACAACAACGUAUCAGCAAGAUGGAGCUUGGAUGUCUUUCACACAGAUCGUAUCUUGUUCUCCUUGGGUGUUAUAUAUUUUCAUGCUCAUAACCUUUCAUACUUCAUGGGCUGCAUUAUGGCUAAUCUUGCAGAUUUAUCAGGUUGUGUUUCUUGGAUUGACUUCACAUGAAAGGACUACUCUCUGGAAGCAGAGUAAACGUUCCAAACAUCCUGUUUCGCUUAGGAAGACUCCAUAUAACCAUGGAUUCCUCCAGAACAUUGCAGACUUCUUUCAUUGUAGAUGCUUUGGGAUUCUCAAGCCCAGUGUAAUUGACUGGACUAAACAAUACACAUUAGUAUUUCAUUUGGCAAAAGAUCGAAACAUUCAACCAGUGUGAAGACAAAAAUCUGCAACCAGUCCCGUGGAAUUUACUGGAUGCUUUCAAAAGAUGAUAUUUAGGAUACUGUAAAGUAUAUUACAAAUUAUUUUGGUAUCUGCUGUGUGUGUAAUUGCUAUUUCAGAAAAGAAAAUAAAGUUUACAUGCUUAAAUUGAAGCAAACUGGAAAUGUAGUGACAACUCUGGUUCAUGUAUAAUACUUUCAAUUACUUUCAUUUGGAACAAAUAUAGCUGUGAAAUGUUCAGCUUCCUCAGCUUGCUGAAAAUAUGAUUUUUAAAUAAACAAGCAGGAAAGUC